AUGGUGAAACAAAAUCCGAAGCUAUCAUCGCGAAAUAUUGUGGAAUCGAUGAAUCUGAAUGUCAGCAGUCGCACUGUACGUCGCAGACUUAAGGAAUCUGAACUGAAAAGCGUGUUCGCAUCAAGACUUCCUUUCAUCAAUAAAAUAAAUAAGAAAAAGAUAUUCGAAUCUGCCAAAAAAUAUAUGAAUAUGCCUCUAGAUUUAAAAAAAGAAGUAUUAUGGUCGGAUGAGAGCAAAUUUGAAUUAUUCGGACAAAAACGACGGUCUAAGGUAUGGCAAAAAACUGGAAGCUCUCAAAGAACACUUCAGAAGGCCUGGAUUUUAUUGAUGAAAGAAAGUCUUGAUGCGAACACGCUUUUCAGUUCAGAUUCCUUAAGUCUGCGACGUACAGUGCGACUGCUGACAUUCAGAUUCAUCGAUUCCACAAUUGAUCCUGAGUAUUUGAAGAAAUUAGUCGAAAGUGUGCCUCGUCGACUGGAAGCAGUAUUAAAAGCAAAGGGCGGGCACACCAAGUAUUAA